UUUCAGGAAGACCGGGUUAGAGACACUGCCACCUGCUCCUGCCGCCUCUGCUGUCCUCGGCCUCCAGGAGCAUCUUAGCAGCCAGCUCUCGAUUUCUGAGGCAAGAGAUGAGGGUCAAUAAAGCCCAGGGAUGGAGAAGCCUAUGACAUCUGACCAGAAGCUGCCACUGCAGGGCGCAGUGGCUACUGGAGAUGAGUGAUGCUGCCACCUGAGCACUGCUGGAAACAGCAGGAGCAGUGACCACAGGAGAACAUAGGCAGGUGCCAAGACUCAGAAUGCAGGGAUGAUGGCUCUAGAGGCUCCGGCCUUCCUCCCACCCGGGCGCUAGGAGCCAUUCCCGGGCUCCACCUGGGAGCCCUGCUGCCCAGGGGCAUGGCCAAACCUUUCUUCCGACUCCAGAAGUUUCUCCGCAGAACGCAAUUCCUGCUGUUCUUCCUCACGGCUGCCUACUUGAUGACCGGCAGCCUACUGCUGCUGCAGCGGGCCCGAGUGGCCCUCCCCCAGGGCCCCCGGGCAUCUGGCCCCCUGCAGACCUUGCCAGUGGCUGCUGUGGCGCUGGGUGUGGGCUUGCUGGACAGCAGAGCCCUGCACGACCCCCGCGUCAGCCCAGAGCUGCUGCUUGGCGUGGACAUGCUACAGAAACCCAUGGCCCAGACCAGGCCUGGCCCUCGCUGGCUCCGGAGCCGCAACUCAGAGCUGCGCCAGCUGCGGCGCCGCUGGUUUCACCACUUCAUGACUGACUCCCCGGGCCCACCCAUGGUCCUUGAGGUGCCCCCCAGGCCAGUUACCCGCAGCCGAGGCACAUAUGUUGGAUGUUUCAGUGAUGACGGCCAGGAGAGGACUCUGAAAGGGGCUGUGUUUUACGACUUGAGAAAGAUGACCGUCUCCCACUGUCAGGAAGCAUGUGCCGAGCGGUCCUAUAUCUAUGCUGGCUUGGAGGCUGGUGCGGAGUGCUACUGCGGGAACCGGCUCCCUGCCGUGAGUGUCAGGCCGAAGGAGUGUAAUCAUCAAUGCAAGGGGGAGAAGGGCUCCGUGUGUGGGGCCGUCAACCGGCUCUCUGUGUACCGCGUGGAUGAGAUGCAGCUGGGCCCCAAGAAGCGGCGGACUGCCACCUACAGAGGCUGCUUCCGACUGCCAGAGAACAUCACACACGCCUUCCCCGACUCCCUGACACAGAUUAAUGCAACCGUGGAGACAUGCUCAGGAUUUUGUUCCCAGAAAGAGUUCCCCUUGGCCGUCCUCAGGGGCUGGAAAUGCUACUGUGCUUACCCUACUCCCCAGUUCAGCCUACGGGAUGCCAUGGACAGCUCCCUAUGUGGCCAGGACCCUGAGGUCCAGAGGGUGGCAGAUUACUGCGAGGUCUACCAGACGCCUGUGCAAGACACUCGGUGCACAGACAGAAGGUUUCUGCCUAACAAAUCCAAAGUGUUUGUGGCUCUGUCCAGCUUCCCAGGUGCUGGAAACACGUGGGCACGGCACCUUAUUGAGCACGCCACUGGCUUCUAUACAGGGAGCUACUACUUUGAUGGGACCCUCUAUAACAAAGGGUUUAAGGGAGAGAAGGACCACUGGCGGAGCCGGCGCACCAUCUGUGUGAAAACCCAUGAGAGUGGUAGAAGGGAGAUUGAGAUGUUCGAUUCUGCCAUCCUGCUGAUCCGGAACCCAUACAGGUCCCUGGUAGCUGAAUUCAACAGAAAGUGUGCUGGGCACCUGGGCUAUGCCACUGACCGUAACUGGAAGAGCAAAGAGUGGCCAGACUUUGUCAACACCUACGCGUCAUGGUGGUCAUCACACGUGCUGGACUGGCUUAAGUAUGGGAAGCGGCUGCUGGUGGUGCACUAUGAGGAGCUGCGGCACAGCCUGGUGCCCACACUGAGGGACAUGGUGGCCUUCCUCAACGUGUCGGUCAGCGAGGAGCGGCUGCUCUGCGUGGAGAACAACAAGGAGGGCAGCUUCCGGCGGCGUGGCCGACGCCCCCACGACCCUGAACUCUUCACCCCCGAGAUGAAGGAUUUGAUCAACGGCUACAUCCGGACAGUGGACCAGGCCCUGCGUGACCACAACUGGACUGGGCUGCCCAGGGAGUAUGUGCCCAGAUGAUAGGCCCUGGCCAGCGCCGCCCACCCUGCUGAGAGACGCAGAGUCACUCCAGGGCUGCAGGCCCACAUCGCUGCCCAGGCCUGUGGCUUUGCUGUGACGCUCAGUCGGCAGGGAGGCCACUGGGGUGCUGCCUCACACCCAGGGAGACCAGGAUACAGAUGGGCAUCAUGGGGCAGACACAAUGGACACACACUCCUCGCCAGACACCCACACCUUCUCAGACACACUUAGAUACCACUCCAUGUUCACAGUGCCUGUACUGAUGCAGCAAAGCCACCAUGCAGGGUGUGCCAGGC